AUGGCACCAAGCCUGACUUCUCCCGUUGCUAUACCAUCGUCGUUUCCGUCUGCAGCGCUAUUGCCGCCUCUGUCCGCCAAUGCCAUCGACGCCUCCGCCCGCUACGGUCGUCGCUGUCACCAUCCGCUAGUGUCGGCUUCAUCCAAAUCACGCAUCUCCCCAUCCCCGAUCAUUCUUCUCCAGCAACGACGACGAAAUUGUGGAAUUCUCCCAUCGUCUUCCCAUAGUGAAACGGGGCUUCAGUUUGAUUUCCCAUCUCCAAAUCAUAUCAGGUGAAAGGUCCUGAAUUUCUUCUAUCAACUGGGGUGAUGCUAUUCACCCAACAUGAAUCUCAUCUUCAUAGAGAAACAAUAACGGCAGGUAAUGGCACAAAAUCCCCCAUUAAUCUGCCUUUACAUUGCAGCACCUAUGGUGGAGGGUAAUACAUAAACGGAAGAAGAAAACCACCUUUUAUGGAGAUUAGAGAAGGAAGUUGUAGAAGGGUACCCUUUGAAAUACAAAUGCGAAUGCAAAUGCGAUUGUUGAGAUUGAAUGUUUUAUUUGACAAGCAAAUGCAACUGUUAAGAUUGAAUGUUUUAUUUGAAAAGUCAAAAUGCAAAUGCAAUCUUUGUUUAUUUUCAUUGUUUCCUGUUUAACUUCUUAUGUUUACGGAUAAAGUUGUUGUAACAUAUGGAGC